UCAAGAUGGCGUCGCAGUACUAUCAAGAAAUGCAGGACAGCUUCAAAAACAACAACAAAAGUAGAGAAUUCCCGGCGCACACAGCCAAGGUCCAUUCAGUUGCAUGGAGUUGCGAUGGAAGGAGACUCGCCUCUGGCUCCUUUGACAAAACGGCUAGCGUUUUUGUCCUUGAGAAAGACCGCUUGGUUAAAGAAAACAACUAUCGUGGUCAUAGCGACAGCGUGGAUCAACUCUGUUGGCAUCCAACCAACCCUGAUCUUUUCGUCACAGCUUCAGGAGAUAAGACCAUACGGAUAUGGGACGUCCGCACGACUAAGUGCAUUGCCACUGUCAAUACAAAAGGUGAGAACAUAAACAUCUGCUGGAGCCCGGAUGGCCAAACCAUAGCGGUGGGCAACAAGGAUGAUGUGGUCACCUUCAUCGAUGCCAAGACACACCGCUCCAAGGCUGAAGAGCAGUUCAAAUUUGAGGUGAACGAGAUCUCCUGGAACAAUGACAAUGACAUGUUCUUCCUUACCAAUGGCAACGGAUGCAUCAAUAUUCUCAGUUACCCAGAGCUGAAGCCCAUUCAGUCCAUCAAUGCCCAUCCAUCCAACUGUAUCUGCAUCAAGUUCGAUCCCACUGGCAAGUACUUUGCUACAGGAAGCGCAGAUGCCCUGGUCAGCCUUUGGAACGUAGAGGAACUAGUGUGUGUCCGCUGUUUCUCCAGGCUUGAUUGGCCUGUGAGGACACUAAGUUUCAGCCAUGAUGGCAAGAUGUUGGCCUCAGCUUCAGAGGAUCACUUCAUAGACAUCGCUGAAGUUGAAACAGGAGAGAAGUUGUGGGAGGUGCAAUGUGAUUCUCCAACCUUCACGGUGGCCUGGCACCCCAAGAGGCCCCUGCUGGCGUAUGCCUGCGAUGACAAGGAGGGCAAAUAUGACAACAACCGAGAGGCGGGAACUGUCAAGCUCUUUGGAAUCCCAAAUGAUUCCUGAGCUUUAGUGUCAUGACAAACAAGGCUGUGUCGUCUCCACAAAUCCCAUACCCCACAGUGUCAUUCACUACUAUCAAGCAAACACCAGGACGAUUUACAAAGGAAGACAAAAAAAAGAAGUGCAUAUGUACAUUAGAAUGUCAUCGCUUUGAAUUUGAACUGAAUCUCAAAUAGAGCGCCUAAGCUGUUUUAAAGGAUAGAAUUUUUUUGUUCAGUUGGAAAGUGAGACAUCUUCUUGGGACCAGUGCAGAUUUCCGCAUAAUGAAAAUGACCUGUUUCAUGCCCUGGUUUUCAGUUCAGUAAGACCUGAUUUGCAGUGUUUGACCACCAGAUGGUGCUGCGCCAUAAUUCAGUUUUCUUGUUUUCCUCUGGGGUUGGCUGUUUUUAUACGAAGUUAAAAGUAACACGCCUUUGUAAUAUAUUUUGUAUAAUAGGUGUUUUGAUAUUAAAAGUCAUCUCUUGAUAAAUUGUGUUUUCGGAGCGUUGUUAUGGAUUCUCUAGCACAUUCUCUGAAAAUGAUUGUGUUACACGGUUCAAUUUAAGAUUCAUUGUACAAUUUGUGCAGUCAUGUUAGUAUUCACUGCAUCUUUCGAAUCGGUGAGAUGGGUUAAAGAUGUCAUGUUCUUCGUGCCGUUAGCUAUUCUACAGCCGUUGACAAAAUGCACGCACAUACAUAAUACUAUCAUUUCCAGCCUUGCUCUGCUACACAUCCUUGACAUUGUGAUAAAUGAGGCUGAGAACUGUUUAAUGUGGUGAUGUAAUGGUCACAUAAUAAGAUUGUGCUUGUCUAAUAGUUUAUGAUAGAAGAUGGUCUCUGUGCUUUGGUGCAGUUACCAGAGGCGUGGGAGGGAGAGAAGAUGGGGUUAAAAGCACAUAAUGUUCGUAAAAGCAUGUUUACAAUUUUAGGAUGCAGCCGAUCUGGAAAGAGGAGAACACUCUUCCUUAUUACCUACCAGCCUUGCCUGCUGCCUGUCUGGUGCCUGUCCAACUGUCUGUCUGCCUUCUGUCACAUUACAAGUGAGUCAUAAAGGGGAAAUGCAGCAAACAGGUGCACACAGACAAUCCCCAUUCCCAUCAAACCAAUAAAAUUACGCUACUUGCCCUUAUGUUGCAUUCAUCCAUGUGACCUUUACACAACCACACACGCAAAUAAAAACACCGAUCUCUCAUCAUAAGCAGAAAGCAAACGCACAUCAGCCAGAUGG